AAGGUGACAACAGGACUUAUACACGUGAAGAGUUUUUUAAAAGACUGACAGAAAAGGAAGGAAAAUGCCGAAACCAAUCAACGUAAGAGUAACUACGAUGGAUGCUGAGUUGGAAUUUGCCAUUCAGCCUAAUACAACUGGGAAACAGCUUUUUGACCAGGUGGUAAAAACAGUUGGUUUGCGUGAGGUCUGGUUUUUUGGCCUGCAGUAUGUUGAUAGCAAAGGUUAUUCUACAUGGCUUAAGCUAAAUAAAAAGGUAACACAGCAAGAUGUUAAAAAAGAGAAUCCUUUACAGUUCAAGUUUAGAGCUAAAUUCUUUCCUGAAGAUGUUUCUGAAGAAUUAAUUCAAGAGAUAACCCAAAGACUUUUCUUCUUGCAAGUUAAAGAAGCCAUCUUAAACGAUGAGAUAUAUUGCCCCCCAGAAACUGCGGUUCUUUUGGCUUCCUAUGCUGUCCAAGCCAAAUACGGAGAUUAUAAUAAAGAGAUUCAUAAACCAGGCUACCUGGCUAAUGAUCGGCUACUACCGCAGCGUGUCCUGGAACAGCACAAACUGACAAAAGAACAAUGGGAAGAAAGAAUACAAAACUGGCACGAGGAACACAGAGGAAUGCUAAGGGAAGAUUCAAUGAUGGAAUACUUGAAGAUUGCACAAGAUCUAGAAAUGUAUGGUGUCAACUAUUUUGAAAUAAAAAAUAAAAAGGGCACUGAGUUGUGGCUGGGUGUUGACGCUUUGGGCCUGAAUAUUUAUGAGCAUGAUGACAAGUUAACACCUAAAAUUGGCUUUCCCUGGAGUGAAAUCAGAAAUAUUUCAUUUAAUGACAAAAAAUUUGUUAUAAAGCCAAUAGAUAAAAAGGCACCUGAUUUUGUUUUUUAUGCACCUCGUUUGAGAAUCAAUAAGCGGAUCUUGGCCUUGUGUAUGGGGAACCAUGAGCUGUACAUGCGAAGAAGGAAGCCCGACACCAUUGAGGUCCAGCAGAUGAAGGCGCAGGCCAGGGAGGAGAAGCACCAGAAGCAGCUGGAGAGGGCACAAUUAGAGAAUGAAAAGAAGAAAAGAGAAAUAGCAGAAAAGGAAAAGGAAAGAAUAGAACGUGAAAAGGAAGAGCUAAUGGAACAAUUAGAAGAGCAGACUCGAAAAGCUCUAGAAUUGGAUCAGGAACGAAAGCGAGCAAAAGAAGAAGCGGAACGACUAGAAAAGGAACGCCGAGCCGCUGAAGAGGCCAAGUCCGCCAUCGCAAAGCAAGCUGCCGACCAGCUGAAGAACCAGGAGCAGCUGGCAGCAGAACUUGCUGAAUUCACUGCCAAGAUUGCACUUCUAGAAGAAGCCAAGAAGAAGAAGGAAGAGGAAGCUACUGAGUGGCAACACAAAGCUUUUGCAGCCCAAGAGGACUUGGAAAAGACCAAAGAAGAGUUAAAGACUGUCAUGUCUGCCCCGCCUCCCCCUCCGCCACCGCCGCCGGUCGUUCCUCCCACAGAAAACGAGCACGAUGAGCAGGACGAGAACAGCGCUGAGGCCAGCGCCGAGUUGUCCAGUGAAGGUGUGAUGAACCACAGGAGUGAGGAGGAGCGCGUCACGGAGACCCAGAAGAACGAGCGUGUGAAGCAGCAGCUGCAGGCACUAAGUUCAGAGUUAGCCCAAGCCAGAGAUGAAACCAAGAAAACACAGAAUGAUGUUCUUCAUGCUGAGAAUGUUAAAGCCGGCCGUGACAAGUACAAGACUCUUCGACAGAUUCGACAAGGCAAUACGAAGCAGCGUAUUGAUGAGUUUGAAGCAAUGUGGGGACCCAAACUGUAUGCGUUAUUCCAGAUGCGCUCCUGCCAAAGCAGCAUCAAGCAAAUGUAACAGGACAAAGGCUCCCUCUCUCUCGGUCCCUGGCGAUGGACACACGGCGAACUUUAGGAUAAGGAUAUACGGAGAUGGUCCUGUGUUUUGAAUGUGCGCGCCCCAAAGUCUGGAAUCACCGCGGGAGCCUGAAGGGCGAUUCUUCCCGCUCUGUGGCUCCUGCUGACGGCCCCUCCUCAUCUCCUGGCUGUUGGGUGUCCCUUUCUUGCUAGUUUCUCUUUCUGAACCCCUCCUGAUUGCCUCUCCUGGGGACAGACUUUAGGAAGAUGACCCAGGACUUGGGACUUCUGCACGGCUCCCUGCGGUCCCAAGGCAUCGUCCCCAACACACGCCUGAAGGCAUCAGCUUCCAAGAGCCCACUUUCUUCUGCAUGACCGGAUUGUAAGGAGGAAUCUAAGGAGAGAAGUCUCUCGAGUUUUUCAUUUGAACAAAGUGGCUGCGACUGAUGCUUAGCUUUGACCUGAGAGCGGGACCGGUGGUGUCUAGCCGUUCCCAUGUGCUCUUCUGUGGCAUUUGCAGAAAUAAAUGC